AUGACUAGUGGAGGAAAAAAUUGGGACGAUUUGUCACUCGAAUUGAAGAUGAAGUUGGUCAAGAAUACCGAUGUGGCCACUGCGUAAGUAUUAUAAUUCAUUAAUAUCUUGCCAACAAGAUCUUUGCAGGUACAACUUGAGACAGAGUUGCCGUGCCAACAAGACGAUAAUGGACCACCACGGAUAUCCGGUCGAACUGGUCGAAAUCUCGCAACCCGACGGAUAUCUGAUUCGGGCGAAAGUCGUGUCAUCCGGCGAUCAGUUCAUCUUCGAAUUGGGAGACCCGUCCUACGAACCACCCUACGGAAUGACGCGUCUCGUUUGUGAACCAGGGCCGUUAAAGAGCAUGCCAUCAUUCCGACGCUUUGUGAAGAUCAUGAUGAUCGGGAAAAUUGAGCUGCUUCUGUUGCGGAAGUGUCAGGUGACGGCAAAAUUGAGGGAGGUUCUCGAAGAGGUGCUCAAACACACCAAGUUCUUCGUGUCGGGCAUCUGGACAGUGGGCCACGAGCGUGAACUUAUGAUGUUCUUCCUGGAGAACAACAAAGAGCCGCUGAAGAAGAUUCGGUUCGGCGGAAUGGUCAGAAGAGAGUGCCCUCAUAGCGACGGUCUGCUUCCUUGCCGCUCUUGCUUGCGCGAGAAUGAGCGCAUCGAUCCGUUCAUUGCGCAUCCGAAUGUAAGAGUACUUGUCGGAUUGAACUAUUUACUGAUUCAUCGGCAUCUAAUUUCAGUUCAUCCAAGCCGCACACAUUCAAUUCACAAAAACGAACGAGUUGGAUUGGACGUUAAUUCAAAAAAUCACAAAGGUAAGAGAGAAAAAGGUCUGAUAGUGAGACUGAAUCGAAUUUUACAGAUGUGGAUCGAAAAGGACGCGAACGUCGGAACGAGAAUGAUCCAUUUGGCCAUUCGAAUGCAAUCCAUCAAUAUGUUUUCUCGUGGCCUGUUCCCAGACCGAUUUGUGUAAGAAAAGAUCGGACAGAGCCUUCAAAUAAGCCUUCUUUUGAUUUUCAGAUACUCGAAAUUUAAUCAAGUCCGCAUCAGAACGGACAACAAAGAGAAACACAUUCUUCUUUUUGUGAAGCAAGUGAUGGGAAGAGGAGACAUUCUCAUUUUCUGCGUGAUUCCGGCGGAUCGUCCACUCGAAGACAGUUUCGACGAUAACCCGCUCUGGAAUCCCCAAAACUUUUAA